UCACCAUUCUCUACACAAAAACUCUCUCUAACUUUGGGCUUCUCUCGGAAUUUUGGCUAGUUUUUGAAGAAAAUGGAGGAUUAUGUCAACAAUCCCGCAAAUAUGCAUGAUUUUAGUUUAAUGAAUACGAAAGCCUUUGCGAACCUAAAAGGCUCUGGCGGUAACAUAUGGGAAGUCUUUGAAGUUUUAGAUGAUGCCCGACGUGCUAUUUUCAGAAAUACCGUCUUUGGCUAUUUUAUUGAUGUCCCUCGUUUACAAGGGGACGCUUUAUUGUUUCAUAAAAUGUUCCUUCAUCAGAUCCGGUCGGACCCUGUUUUAUCUCCAGAUGGAAUAAAACGUUUAUAUUUUCGAGUAGGCAAUACCAAAAUGGUUUAUGGGCCGGAAGAGUUUUGUUUGAUUACCGGCUUCAAUUUUGGGGAGUAUCCAAAAAACAUUGGGAGAAAAGGGUCGGAAAAAUUAAUAAGCAGUAAAAAAAGAUGUUUACUGCGUGAACGGCUAUUUCCGGACCAUACUAAUAGUUCGGUGAAAAUCGGCGACCUGAAAAGUUUAAUUUUAAAUCAAACAUUCCUAGCACUUGACGACCUUGAUGCAGUUAGAGUAUGUUUGAUAUACAUUUUGUGUGAAGGUUUUUUGGGCAAAGAAGUUAACGAUCGGGUGCCACAAGAUUGGUUUUAUUUGGCUGAGAAUUUGGAUCUCUGGAAUAGCUUCGCUUGGGGUAGCUAUCUAUGGGAUUUUACUUAUGUUGACCUUGAGGAUACGUGGAAUAAGAUACAUCAUUAUUUAUCACUUCCUGAGCGUGGUCAAACUUUAAAGUAUUCCGUCUCAGGAUUUACUGCUCCAAUUAGGAUAUGGAUAUAUGAGAUGAUUCCGGCUGUUCGUGCAUGUGGAUUUGCAUUGAGAAAAAAUAAAGACUUGUCUCGGAUGAAAAGAUGGAGCGGAACAAAAAAAUUGAAAUGGGUUGACGUGAACAAGAUUUGGUCAAAGAUGCAGGAGGGGCUACCACCAAGACAAAACAUGUUACCGGGUGAUGGUGAGAUGACAUCUUUUUAUUAUAUGUCAUUUCAAGAGUAUGUAUAUGGUGAAGGGAAAGCAGUUCCAUCCCCAGUACGAGACCAUUUUAGGAGACAAGACGAAUCUUCGUCUAGUAUGUCGUCCAGUGGUCGCUCUCAUGGUAGAGGUCGGGGCAGUGGGAAACACAAGCUAGACGAGUUGUUGAAACGGGUACAUGCACUGGAGCAGCAUGUGUUUAUGAAUCAACAAAAACCUACAGAGGUUUUUUAUGAAGAAGUGAAUAAUGAACAAUUUUGGAACGACAUUAUUUUUGAGGAACCGACAGUGUCACAAAGAAAUUAUGAUGAACAGGUUAGUUACACGCUACAUUAUUUAUUAAAUUUUAUUAACAUAUAUGAAUACCUGUGUUCAUAUUUUAUAUUUGAAAAUAUAGGUUGUGCAAGAUGAAGUGAUGAAUAAAAA